CUAGACAUGGAAACACGCUACAACAGGAGGAAAAUAAAGGAGAAUUAUUGUGCAGGUCAACAUCUCAAGCUACCAGAUCUAAAGAAGACAGCUAAAUCAUCAGGCAUCGGGAACCAGUACCUGUACAAAGAGAACAUCCCACCAUACCCCCGACCUGAGCUUCACGUCUCCCACCUGAAACAUGACACAGAUAAAAGAGGGUUAAAGGGCAUCUCGGCAGACGAGGGCUUCCGGGCAGCGUUCAGGGGCAGCCUGGUGUGGUGGAGUCUGGCCGUGACACCUGAGGAGAUCUCCUCGGCCGAGGAGCGACUUCUGAAGGAGGCCUUCCCCGAGUGGACAGAGGAGCAGGCCAAGGGGCAGGAGAACUCCCUGGCCAAGUUCGCCACCUCACCUGCCUUCCUGAAGACCUCCAGGUUCGGCUCGUACCGCUUCACCCUCCCUCUGCGGGAGCUGCUGACGGCGUACAGCCAGCAGUUCUGUGACGGCUCAGCUCCGGUGCUGCGGGUGUUUGAGACGGUCCUGUACAAACAGGAAGUGGUUUACUCAGUGUUGGUCCACAGCCGCUCCAACAACCAGCUGUUCCACCACUUUCCUCUGCUGAGGGACGACCCUGACGCCGUCUGCGCCUACAGAGACGGACGCUUCAUCUGGAGGCCUGAGGCCAUGUGUGAGACACACAGUUACGAGUUGACCAAAAACCCAGAUCAGAAUGGUUUCGAGGUUAAUUUUGUCUACGGACCUCCGUUCUAUGUUUGGGACAAUGUUGCUGUUGCCUUCCAUGUGGACGAUGCACAGGUUCUUCAGCUGGACGAGUCCCAGCUGAGAGAGAGCCUGAGCUUCUGUAAGGGAGCGGCACCUCCUCUGGCAAAAUUUCAGAGUUUUGAAGACGCUACAGAGCUUGUUCAGGAGUUGUGGCCCGGUGACUCCUCACCACUGAAAGGGGAAUAACCAGACAGCACGAAGCCGCAUGCUGACACGGAGUGUAUCAGCAC